AUGGCCUUCGAAGGUAAUUCCUUAAGCACCGCAACAUUGGAUGACAUCGACGAUACAAUUGUAAUUAGAGUAGUUGAUCGUCGUAACAUUUAUGGAAGCACAACCACUACCCGUAUAGAACAAAGUGUCAAUAGCCCCAAAAAUAUAGUGGACAAUGAUAAUCUACUUCAUAGGAAGAAGAGAGCCAAGACAUCAACGAUGUGGACAAAAUUUAGGGAGGUGGUUGUCCUUGGUGGUGCAAAGAAGACGGAGUGCAUCCAUUGUAAAACCAAGCUAAAAACUACUACCACUAGAAGCACUACCCAAUUUAAUAGACAUUUGAAGAGUACUCAAGGUAUAUCUAUCAUCCUGCCUGCUCUACAAGGUCAGUUCGAUAUGCUUAAGAUGAGGAAACUUAUUGCCCAUUGGGUGUUGAUGCAUGAGCUUCUGUUCACUAUUGUGGAGGAAGACAAAUUGAAUAAUAUGAUGAAGUAUGAGAUUCUUGAAUGGAUUCCGAUUUCGCGUAACACUUGCAAGAAUGACUAUGUGAAAGUGUACGAAAAUGAGAAGCAGAAGUUGAAGAUGGUACUGAAGAGUGUCAGAAAGAUCAGUCUCACCACAGAUCUAUGGAAUUCAGGCAAUUAG